GAAGGAUGCUUACUUCUUAAAAUAUCCUAUAUACGUAGGCGGGAACAGGGGAAGGGGUCAGAUUUAUCCCGACGGCAGCAAGAGUAACAAUACAGUUUAUAAUGCUACAGGAGCAGGUAUAGUAAGCAAAAUCAUACGAAAAGAAAAAGGGGGAUAUGAGAUAACCAUAACGGAUGCGUCGGAGGGACGUCAAGUGGUUGAUAUUAUCCCUCCAGGACCAGAACUUCUUGUUUCCGAGGGCGAAUCUAUCAAAUUUGAUCAACCAUUAACGAGUAAUCCUAAUGUAGGCGGAUUUGGUCAGGGAGAUGCAGAAAUAGUACUUCAAGAUCCAUUACGUGUCCAAGGACUUUUGUUCUUCUUGGCAUCUGUUAUUUUGGCACAAAUCUUUUUGGUUCUUAAAAAGAAACAGUUCGAGAAGGUUCAAUUGGCCGAAAUGAAUUUCUAGAUUCGCAGAUUUAUCGAUAUCAAGUUCGUAAAAAGAACCAAAUUCUUGUUGGCGAUUAUUUAUGAUCAAAAAAAUGAAAUUAUGAAAACUCCUUUGUCUUAUUUAUACUCUUCUUCAAAAUCUACAUACUAUGUGGUACAAGGGAUUCCCAGCAUCUCGUAGAAAAAGAGUAUGUAAUGUAGAAUUUGAAGAAGAGUAUUUGACUUUCAUUAUUUUGAUUUCGUUUUUUUUCAUUGGAGUAGUGUGACUAUGUUACUAUUGACAGAUUUCACUGCCAUAAGGCCAUAAGACGUAUCAAUAGUUUUCUAUUCUAAAUAGAAAGAAAGUCAAAUUUGUCUAUACUAGACAUAAGGAAGCGGGGGAUAAAUGCGGGGAACAAAAAAUUCUAGGAGGGAUUAUUUGUCUUCCUAGUCUUCGACACAAGAAAGGGGUGUAGAAAAAUCCUUUUUUCUUGUGUCGAAACGAAAGAGUAAUGAUUCUUGAUCCUGUUUGUUAAAAAUUCCUAGUCUUGGUUUCUAUUUUUCCAGAUGUAUCAGAAACCCUUUACCUUACCCCCUUACGUAUAAUAUACGACGUGGUGGACAAACAAAAAAAGAGAGGAAAUUUUAUUAAUUAAAUAAAACUUCUUCAAUCAACUUAUCUUAUACAAAAAUUGAUGAUGAAAUAUGAAAACAAUAAAAAAUAAAUAGAGUAAUGUAAUAGAGAGAGUAAGGUUCUACAUUAGAUUAGUAUAGAAAGGAUUUGCACGAUAUUUAAUAUAUUCUAGCAUAGCAGCCAAGAAAUUGAGUGAUUCCUUCUUUCUUCCAACUUUGAAAGUACCGAUAGAUACUAUCAUAGAAAAAGAAGAGGUGGUCUGAAUAAAUCAAUGAAGUGAAUUUUUCAAAAACAUGAUCAGAAAAAUGAGAAAAAUGGAGUUUUUGAAAAGAAAAAGAAAUCCAUUUUAUCAUUUAGACGAAAAAAAUAUUAUGAUUCUUAAGAACUCAACGGGCCCUUCCCCUUCGAAUCAAACAAACAAAGAAGGGAAUCCCGUUGAGUUCUUACGCUUUCAUGUUGACAACUCAAUUCAUUCGAUUACUACAGGGAUGAACCCAAUCCGGAAUAUGAACCAUAAAAGAAAAUACCUAUUAAACCGAUUACAAGAAUACCAGCUACAGUACCUAUUACCCAAAGAGGAAUCCUUCCAGUAGUAUCGGCCAUUUACCCCACUUCCCUCCAGAUUUCAUCAAGUGGUCAUGCUAGAGACAUAAACAGUCAUGGAUAAUUAAAUUAUGAGAUCCUUCCGAAUGAGCUAAGAGAAUCUUAUUUAUUCUCUUUCGUUUUCUUAAUUGAAGAAAUAAUUGGAAAAAAAACAGCAA